AUGGUCAAAUCACUUGAUCACGCAUCAUUGGAAUAUUCAACAUUUCGGGUUCCAUACGAGGAAUUGAAUCGAAAAUAUCGAAACGGGCAUAAAAAUAUUGAGAAAGUGACGACGAAGAUUGGCAAGAUUGGGGCGAGUAUCAGGCAGAAGUUGAGCGAAAGUCAGGAACCCAUUCCUGUGGAUUCGGUGGGUUUUUAGUUUUUUUCUCAGAAAAUCUGAGAGCUCUAAAUCUUAAAUAAUCGUAAUUUUUCAUCAAAAUUCGAUUUUCUAAAAAUUCCAAAAACCCCUGAUUUUUUCCCUUCACAAAAUACGUUUUAAAUAUUUUAUACAUAAAAUUUAAUUUUCGAAUCUAACGAUUCCAUUUAAUUUUCGAAUUCAUAGUAAUUUAACAACCGCAGUGUUUACAACUUUUGCCACGUCAUAACCAUAUCGAAUAUUUGCAGAUUAAAAAAGCCUACAAUAGUUUGUGUCAAAAUGUGGAAGAAGCUGAAAAAGUGUUUGGAGAAGCGAGUGAAAAUGGGAUUCGGCAGAUGGACAAAUUUUUGCAUCGAUUGAAUGUUUUGGAACAGGAUGUGGGUUUUUUCACAUCUAAAACUCGAAGUUUGCCACGUCAUAACUCAUUUAAUUUUUCCAGGAAUCUGUUGAUCCUGACAAUGAUAUGCUUGGUGAUUUGAAGCAUAAUCGACUUCGCGCGGCUCGAUAUUCAAUCGAAUAUUUGUUGCUUUGUGGACAUUUGGAGACGGCUAAACAAAUGGCGAAAAGUUUUGGAUUGGAAAAAAUGGUCGAUUCAGAGGUUUAUGAAGAAUGGAGAAUGGUGAGCGAGUUUAUAGAAAAAUUAUUCAGUGUUUUUUAUUUUAAAAUGAUAUGGAUUUGGAAUACUUGAAGAUUGUCUGUGAUUUUGAAAGAAGAAUUUUGGAAACAGUGAAAAAAUUAGGAUUUUUAAAAAGAUAUUUAUUUUGAAAAAAAACUAGUGGUUUUUCACAAGUUGGUAUAAAAAAGAUUUUAAAUUUUAUUGUUCAGAUUUCACCAGGCGGAUUGAAUCAGUAUUUUUUCCGAAAAAUGUAAAAAUUUUGAAACAGUGGAAAAUUUUUUAUUCAAAAUUUUUCACUGUUUCAACAUUUCAAUAUUAUUUUUAUGUUUUUUGUUUGAAGCAUUAUUUUAGUUACAUUCAUCCAGAAAAAAUUUCACAUUUGAAAUACAGUUUUUGCAAGUCAGAAUCUUUUUAAGAAUCAGUGGAAUUUUCAGGUUUCAAAAUUUCGAUAUUACUUUCGAUAAAUUUUGAUCUGAUUGCGUUAUAGAAAAAAUCUCAAAUGUUAUAGAUCUUUACAGAUGAAUAGAACGAAAAUUGAACCCAGCAUUCAAAAUUCACAAAAUUUUUUUAGUUUUGAAAAACUAGCGGUUUUUUACAAGUUGGUAUAAAAAAAAGGAUUUUCAAUUUUAUUCUUCAGCUCCCAGAUUAAUUGAAGCAGUGAAUUUUUUCCGAAAAAUGUAGAAAAUUUGAAACAGUGAAAAGUUUUUUAAUUCAAAAUUCUUCACUGUUUCAAAAUAUCGAUGUUUUUUGUUUGAAGCAUUAUCUCCAUACAUUUUGUCCGGAAAAAAUCUCACAUUUGAAAUACAGUUUUUGCGAGUUAGGAUAAAUAUGAACUAAAUAUAAUCAAUUCAAGAAUCCACGAUUCUUUUCUCAUCAAGAAUAUAACAUUGUUGAAACAGUGAAAAAUUUUGAAUGAAACAUUUCACCUUUUUUAAAUUUAUAUUCAUAGAUUUUAAGAUUCGCAAUAAUGUAAUACUGUUUCCAAAAAUUUUUUCAAAUUUUUUUGUUGUCAAAAAUUUGAAGAUUUUGGCCAAAAUUUAUCUGAUAUUUUUCAAAGAUUCGUAGAAAUUUUGACAAAUAGAAAGGAUUCAUUGUUUUGAAUUUUUGUAUUCUUGUAAUGGUUGAUAUUUGAAACAGUGAAAAAAUAUUAUUGCUAACUUUUCAAAAUUCCUACCAAUUCCCAAUUUUCUUAGGUCGAAACUGCGCUGCUCGCCGGAAACACAAAACCAUGUCUCGAUUGGAUCGAUACGCAUCGCUCAAAAUUGAAACGAAAUGAUAGUCAACUUGAGAUCGUGAUCCGACGACAAGAUAUUAUUGAUAUGGUUUUGGCUGGAAAACGUGUUCAAGCAAUGGAAUAUGUGCGCAAAUUCAUCACACCAUUCGCCAAAACCUUGCCAUCUGUUGAUAUUAAAUUGGUGAGUUAAAUUAAUUUUUAAAUCAAGAUUCAGCCUCUCAAAAAUUAUUUUCAGAUAAUGUCAAUAAUCGCGAUUGCUCCAUGUCUUUCCGAAAUUCCCAAUUCAAAUUCACAAAUUCACAAUUACGAGGAGUUUUUGAGCGAUGAUCGAUGGGAAAAAUGUGUGAAAACGUUUCAAACUGAAGUUUAUCGAACUUAUCAACUUACCGAUCAAUCUGCAUUUUCGAUUUGUUUACAAGCUGGAAUUGCUGCCCACAAAACUCCAUCGUGUAAAUGUGAUCCAAGACCGGCUAAAGAGGUUUGUGUGGUUUUUUUGUGGUUGGGAAAAAUAUGUUUCAAAUUUUUUAUUAAUAAAUUCCAAAUAUACAAUUAAUGAUUCUUGUCAAGAAUUUCUUGAAGAAAGAUAGAAGAAUUUUUCGGGGAAAAAUACUGUUUCAAAAUAUUGGAUAAAACAACUUCUUGAAUAAUUCACUGUUUCAAAUAGUUCAUUUUCAACAUUUUUCAAUUUUUUUUUCAAAUUAAUUGAUUCGGCUUAUGAUCAUGCUUAUUUAAUUUCAAAAAAUAUUUACUUCAGCAAAAAUUAAAAUUUUGAAAAAUUUCACUGUUUCAAUAUUUUUUUAAAAUUCAAUUUUCAUAAUGAAUUAGCAUUAGAGUAAGUAAAUUAUUGAGAAAUUCACUGUUUCAAAAAUUAUAUUUUUCAAUUUUUAUUCGAAUCAAUCUGUAUGGAUUCUGAGAAUUUCUAGUGAAUAACGGUUUUCAAAAAUUAAAUUCUAGGCCUACGGUGAAAAUAAAACUUUUUUUUGUAAAAUUAAAUUUCACUGUUUCAAAAAUUCUAUGUUUUCUUUUUGCUUAUUGAAAAAAUUGUUUGGGAAAAAAAUACUGUUUAUUGGGUUUUUGAGGUUUUCUAGAAAAAAUUCACUGUUUCACAUAAUUAAUGUUCAAUUUUUCAAUUUUUUUCAAAUUAAUUGUAUCGGCUUAUGAUAUGAUCAUGCUUAUUUAAUUCCAAAAAAUAUUUACUUCAGCAAAAAUUAAAAUUUUCAAAAAUUUCACUGUUUCAAAAAUUCUUUAUUUUUUCCUGCUUUAUGUGAAAAUUGUUAUUUUUGAAGUUCCAACUCUCAAAAUUUAUUUUCCAAAAAAAAGCAAACCAAACAUCGUUUCGAGACCCCAAGCAAACGUCAGCACAAUUUUUUGUUAUUUUUUUUGCAAUGAGAAAUUGGAUACAUUUUUCAUUCUCGUGUGUUUAUUUUAUUUUUGAAAAUUUGUGGAGCUUCAAAAAUUCACUGUUUCAAACCCUAACUAUUUUAUUUUCACAUUAAAUUCAGUGAUUUGUUCACAAUUUUGUUUCUGUAGAGCAUACUUUAAAUUAUAAAUAGAUAGAAAAAUGCAUUUUCUGAUUAAACCUGAAAUUGAUUUUUGGAUGAAAAUUGGGUUGAAAUUCUGAGUAUUUUGAUAGCUCAUUCGAGCGGAGCGAGUGUAGACCGCAACCUUCCGCGUAAGCGGCACGUUCUACCGCUUUAGCGGCCACGUGGAUUCACUAUGACUUGGAAGCUCUUAGGCGCAGGUGCUUUAAAACUAUGAUCUGUAGGCGCUGAUCCUUGACAAUUGAACUACCCAGGCACGGCUACUUGAUAUUGAAGCUCUUUAGGAGCGGCUCCUUGUCAGAGUGAAUCUUUAGAUGUGGCUUUUAGGCAAUUAGGAAUUAGGUUGUUAAGGCGCGGCUACUUGGAAACUAGGUUCUCUAGGCGCUUGUUAGAAUUUUAAAUUGGAAAAUUUCACUAAUCCACCCCAUUUCCAGGUCGAUUGUUAUGUGUGCAACGAAACAGUUUGGCGGCUCGCCGACGGUCUACCAAAUGCUCACGUCACAGUGUCUCGCAUCCUGUGCUCAAUGACCGGCGAACCGUGCAACGAGACAAAUAUCCCAUAUCUUCUACCAUCCGGACAUGUUUAUGGACAAUCAGCAAUUGAUCAACUUCGAAGAGGCGAUGAUGUUGUGUGCCCAGAAACUGGAUCAUUGGUCCCAAUUGAAGAAUGUCAACGAUUAUUUUUCCUUUGA